UUACGGCUGCGGCUAUAAGUGACACGAGCAACUCGAGGAGCGCUGGCGCAGCCAGUUGAUUUGGACACAGUUUCAUGACGUCACCAAGUAGCCGCCAUUUUUAACAUUUUACAGGACCGUUCCAGCCGAGAAAGAUCUGAAUUUAGUCGGCAAAGUCUCCGCCUCCAUCAGGAAAUAUCACACCAACUUGAGGUUGAAAUAUGUUGCACGAGUUACUUCUGUCUUUGAGUGGAUUCCCGGGAAGCAUAUUUGUUAACGGAGAAAACGGAACUAUAAAGGUGGUUCCAGAUAUACCGUUUCUUCACCGCAGCGAGGUGUCUAUUCUGAACAGGUUGUGCAUACUUGGAACACACUACAGACGCUUCAGAGAAUUUAUCAAGGAAUAUAGCGGCUCGCCAAGUAGCUCAUUAGAUCCAUCCAGAGAUGCUCCAAAAGAUCACCUCAAACUUAGAGACGGUCUGUACCUUCGAGCCUUCUGUGCUGGUCUGGACAAAGUGUUGGAUCCGUAUAGGAAAGAGUUACUUCGGCUCGAACAGGAGAUCCUGUUAGACCCACACUUGACACCAUGCCACAUCCAGGAGGUGCUAGAGCCAUAUCAGCUGCUGUUCCCCGACCUGUGGGCAGUUAUAGAGCAGAUCCGGUACCAGAGGGGACAUGGAGGCCACAUCCUGGAGAUAGUGCACCAACACUGUAAUUGCGGCAAGCCAAUGGUGAAAGAUGCAUUUCAGAAGAUUCUGUUUGUGUGCCACUGCGUCCUGUACCGUCAAGUCACUGCCUGGCUGCUUCACGGCAUGCUCCUGGACAGACACAGUGAAUUCUUCAUCCAUAAGUCGGCCGUUUCCAGCCUGGUUGAGAGACAGUAUGACGAUGAUGAUCUUGGUAUUGGUGGGGUGACUGGAAGACAGAUGAGGGAGGUCAUGCAACUGAAUGAAGACGGAAGACUUCCAGAGCGGCCAGCCCACACCCUGUACGCCAUCAGGCCCGCCAUGCUGCCUAGCUACAUCCCAGUACGAGUGGCUGAGAAGAUCCUCUUUGUCGGGGAAUCGGUUCAGAUGUUUGAGAAUCGAAAGCAGACUGUGGCUUCUAAAUACACAGACUCGGUGUUGGGAGACAAGGAGGACAUAUUUGCGAGCAGAUUCCACCAGCUGAGGCAAGAACCACUCUUCUCCAUCAAGAACUUCGAAGAUGCCAUCGAUGGAAUCCGAUCCUGUGUGGCCGAGCACCUGUGGAGGUUAGUGGUUGAAGAAUCAGAUCUUGUAGGCCAGCUGCACACACUCAAGGACUUUUUCCUCCUGGGAAGAGGAGAGCUGUUCUUAGCCUUCAUCGACCAUGCCCAAAACUUGCUGAAAACUCCGCCCACCUCCACGACCGAGCAUGAUGUCAACUUGGCCUUUCGUCAAGCUGCUCACAAAGUUCUCCUUGAAGACGACACAUCCCUGGGCCAAGUGCGACUGACCGCAACUUCUAAGACUCCGAUAAAGGGUGCCAGCAAAAAGUCGGAGGCCGCCCCUCAGUCUAAGAGCAGUGGAGACAUUGGUUGGAACUGCUUGGGCAUGACGUACAAUGUACAAUGGCCACUACACACACUCUUCAAUGCUGCGGCUUUGGAGAAAUAUAACACCCUGUUCCGUUUCCUGUUGAGCAUCAAGCGCGUCCAGCUGGAACUGCAGCAGUGCUGGGCUCUCCAGAUGCAGCGGAAGCAUGCCCCCGCAGAGCAGUCGGAUGCCAGCAAGUGGCGGCUGCGAUCGCACAUGGCCUUCCUGGUGGAUAAUCUACAGUACUACUUGCAGGUGGACGUUCUGGAGACUCAGUUCACCCAACUGAUUGACAAGAUUAGCAGCACCAGGGACUUUGAGGCAGUACGGCUGGCCCACGACCAGUUCUUAACCUCUCUCCUGGGCCAGUGUUUUCUGCUCAUGAAACCAGUGAGCCACUGUCUGAAUGAAAUCAUGGAGCUGUGUCACUCAUUCGCUGUCUUACUGAUUACACACGCAGCCAGCAUGACGGACAGAGAAGUGACCCACAUGGACAAACUAUCACAGGGCUUUAGCCGGCAGUCCUCGCUCCUGUUCAAAAUCCUAUCCAGUGUGCGCAGCCACCAUCAGGCAAGCCCCCACCUCAGCCAGCUGUUACUCAGACUGGACUUCAACAAGUACUACAGCCAGGCAGAGGGAGCUCUGGCACCUUGACGGACCCACACUAGGCCAACUGCGGCAGAGACCAGAGGAGGUUUGUAUAUAAUGCACAGUGAAGUGGUGAUGUAUCCCAGGGUAUGACCAGUGUGAGAUGAGGGGAUGAAGAGAAUUCUACGCAACGUCCAGUGGAGGCGAAGCAGUGACCAAACUGCUGGGACUUAUUGUUCGUAGCUCACAAGGCAGGAGUUUCUUCCGCAGUGGCUUUAUGUUAGCCCCAGGUUGGGUGUUAGUACAGUAGGCAAAAGACUUCAUGAUGAAUCCUUUAGAAAAAAAAAUUGUGGUCAAAACCCUGAAAUUUGGUUAAAUCCUGAGGAAUCACAUCCCAUGGAUACUUACCCCUAGGGCUGGAUACUACAAGUCCUUGAAGUGACUUCAUUAAAAGUACGCCGUUAGAUUUAAGCUACCUUCUCACAUAUAGUGCACUUAAUAGUGUCUGCAUGCGUAAGCUUGCAAUUUGCAAACAUCCACCGUGACUGUCCAAGAAUAUCAGGAUCCACAUGAGACCUUAACCCUAACCCUCCUCAAUCCUUCACCUGUUGGAGGACUGAGGAGUGUUAAGAUGAGAAUGGAAAGGCCAAUUUAAACUGCUAGGGAGUUGCAACACUGUGCAUGCAUACCUGGCUGUUGUGCAUCGACUCGCCCAACAGGAAGAUAAUGAGCAGAAAUUUACAUCCAAAGGAAUGGCUGGAAUACAGGAAGAGAUGGAAUGCAUUAACAGUUCAAGGAUUUGGGGCUUUUCAAGCAGUUUUAUUACCAUUAAAAUAAGCUUUGAUUUCCAAUCUAUCUAAAGCAUCUUUCACACAACAGUCAUUUAGACAGCUCCCAUUUUUGAAGAAUGCACUGAACCAGACAUUUUAAAAAUGCCGCCUUCGAUUCCUACUGCAAGAUAACUAGUGUGGUUAGGGUUCAUUCAUCACCUAAGGAAAGCAUCUACAUGUACUUGCUUGCACGCUAAUGUUCAUCAGUUCCCACGUGCAGUGGUUCAGUAUUCCAUGCUAAAAAAAAUUAGGAGUUGAAGAAGGCAGAUCUUGGAACUGCAUAAAUUAAUGCUUCUGGUUGCUUCAGUGCACCUGCCUCUAACCUUGUUGCUCGUGUACACAUCAGUAGUGUUCAUGCCACUUUGUGUGAAGUUUGCCGUUUUUUAUGCGCCACAAUAUCUCUGAAAAAAUAUCCAAAUGCCAUUUGUGCGCCCAGACACUACCAACACAAUUGAGCCUAAUUCAGCACUUCAGUUUAUAAUGUGAUACUUUUACUUAGCUGAGUUUUACAUGUAUUCCCAAGCUUAUAAUGGGAACAGAAAGUUCCAAAUCCUGAAUAUAUUAAGGGAAAGAGUAACCUCUUUGAAUGCCCAGAGUGUUAUUGAGAUUUUGGAAUGCCUGUACAGUGUACAUCCCCAAAGUAUAACAUGAUCUACUUGGAAGACCAUUUUCAGAUCAGACACAAGUGCAUGUAAAAUGGCACGAAGUAUAAUGUGUAAAGUGGAUGGGGAGAAAUUCAUGCAAAACCAAAUCACUUGCACACUAUACAUCACCUAUGCAACUUACCUAUGCAAAAGAAUCACUUGUGGUCAAACUGUGUUUUUGAGUUCACAGAUGUACCUAUGAAUGGUGAAUGUUUUCUUGGUAGAACAAAGGACCUUAUUUAUACUUUUGCAAAGCUUGUUCAAUCUUGUUAAUUACAACUACUAAUUACAACUACUUACGGCUAAUUUGAAUUAAUAUGGGAUAAUGAAAAUUUCAUUUUCAUUGUAGUCAACUAGACUAAAGACAGUGAAACAACAACCUCAAAUGAAAAAUGUCUAAAAUUCUAUCAUUUCAAUAACUACUGUUUGAGUUUCAAAUAGUUGAUAGACUGUGUCUGUUGGAUAUCCAUUUGAGUUUUCAGGUGUUGUUUGUGGACGUCUGGCAGUUUUUGGCCUUGAGGCACUGCUGUGACAGUGAGUACAUACAUGUACAAGCAAUUAUUAUAAAUGACUUGACCCCACGAUCACCAACUUCAA